CCCGGGUCGCUCGCUGGGAGGGUCCGGACACAGACCCGCCUGCUCCUCCUCCCGGGAGGGCGGGCGGCUGCAGGGCGGGGCGGGGCUGGCGCGGCCUCCUGGCGACGCGGCGGCCGCUGCUCUCCGGCCCGGCUCUGCGGGCUGCUGCGGGAGCAGGACUCCGGAGGCGAAGGCGCUGGGACAGCGAACCAUGGAGCUGUAUUUUGGCGAAUACCAACACGUACAGCAGGAGUACGGGGUCCACCUGAGACUCGCCAGUGAUGACACUCCAAAGCCAAGGAAUUCCCAGCCCUCAAAGGCAGGCUCCUAUGGUGUCAGUAUCCGGGUCCAGGGAAUUGAUGGCCACCCUUACAUAGUCCUGAAUAACACUGAACGAUGUCUAGCAGGCACACCUUUCCCAGAAAACGGGCAAUCAUUUCCAUCUUCCAUGAUAAAUAACAUGUCCCUACAUCCAAGCAACGGAACCGUGCUGAAGGAGAACACUCCAGAGGAACUGCAGCUUCCAGAAAACCCGUACCUGCAAACCAGCCCGAUAAGAGGCCAGAAGCAGUUCUCCCUCCACGAGGGCAGGAACGGCGUUCUAGAACGCAAAGACAGGCCCACGAAACUACCCCACGUGCUCAACUUCCAGAGGCACCCGGAGCUUCUGCAGCCAUAUGACCCAGAAAAGAAUGAGGUGAACUCAAAGAAACAUCAUCACCCUCCCGAGAGUCCAUGGCUGAGAAAUGCAACAGAGGAAGGGACCAACUGUAAGAAGUCCCGGAACUGCUUUCCCAAACCCUGCAGUUCCCAGCCCAGCAGCCCUACUUCGGAAGAUUUUGCCAAGACCAACAUGACAGCGAUCCGUCUCUGCAGCUCAGUGGUCAUAGAAGACCCCCAGAAGCAGACCUCAGUGUGCGUGAACGUUCAGAGGUGCGCCAAGGAUGGGGUGGGAGAAGAGACCCUUUCCCCUCGACGGAAAUCCCCGACUGCCCCCAGCCCACAGACCUACUCUGAAAGCAAGAAAAGUAGGCCAGAUGUACUACCCUUCCGGCGACAAGAUUCCGCAGGCCCCAUCCUGGAUGGAGCCCAGUCACGCAGGUCCUCCUCAUCAUCCACGACUCCCACGUCAGCCACUUCCUUGUACAAAUUUUUACUUGAUGAUCAGGAAUGUGCCAUCCACGCUGACAGCGUCAACCGCCAUGAAAACAGAAGGUAUAUUCCCUUCUUGCCAGGAACUGGGCGGGAUAUCGACACCUGCUCAAUUCCUGGUGUGGACCAGUUAAUUGAAAAAUUUGACCAAAAGCCUGGCCUCCAGAGAAGAGGAAGGUCUGGGAAGAGAAACAGGAUCAAUCCGGACGACAGGAAAAGAUCCCGAAGUGUAGAUAGUGCCUUUCCGUUUGGUCUCCAGGGAAACACAGAAUACCUCACAGAGUUCAGCAGGAAUCUGGGCAAGUCUAGCGAGCACCUCCUUCGGCCAUCCCAGGUCUUCCCGCAGAGGUCAGUGGCCCAGGAGCACCGUGGUAAGCACUGUGCCAGCAGCUCCCUCGCAAAGCUGCAGGGCGCCCUUCAGGGCACGCCAGGUGCCCACCCCAAGCCUUCCCUGCAGAACAAAGAUGGGAAAGUUCUGAACAAAGGAAGUCAGGAAAGCAUAGGGGCAUGUGCCCCCUCCCUUCCGGCACAGAAUAAAAAAGAGGAAGAAAUCAAAAUAGCCACUGCCACGUUGAUGUUACAGAACCGGGCGGUGGCUGCCACAUCUGACUCUGGUGCCAAGAAAAUCUCAGCGAAGACAUUUCCUUCCGACUCUAGUACUCAGGCCACACCAGAUCUCUUAAAGGGCCAGCAGGAGCUCACACAACAAACCAACGAGGAGACGGCCAAGCAGAUCCUUUACAAUUACCUCAAAGAAGGAGGCACAGACAACGAGGAUGCCACCAAAAGGAAGGUGAACCUGGUCUUUGAGAAAAUCCAGACUUUGAAGUCCAGAGCAGCAGGGAGCGCCCAAGGAAACAAUCAAGCUCUGAAUUCCCCCUCUGAAGGCAACGAUCUAUUGGAUCAGAAGAACAAAUUGAUCCUAGAAGUUUCUGAACUACAACAGCAACUGCAGCUGGAGAUGAAGAACCAUCAGAACAUCAAGGAGGAGAGAGAAAGAAUGAGAGAGGACUUGGAAGAGCUGCGAGUCCGGCACCAGAGCCAAGUGGAGGAGACGGCCACCCUGCAGAGACGGCUGGAGGAAAGUGAAGCAGAGCUGCGGAAGAACUUGGAAGAGCUGUUCCAAGUGAAGAUGGAGCGGGAACAGCACCAGACUGAGAUCAGAGACCUGCAGGACCAGUUGUCAGAAAUGCACGAUGAACUGGACAGCACCAAGCGAUCCGAGGACAGGGAGAAGGGAGCCCUGAUUGAGGAGCUCCUGCAGGCCAAGCAGGACCUUCAAGAUUUGCUCAUUGCCAAAGAGGAGCAGGAAGAUCUCUUGAGGAAGCGGGAGCGGGAGCUGACUGCCUUGAAGGGUGCCCUGAAGGAGGAGGUCUCCAGCCAUGACCAGGAGAUGGAUAAGCUGAAGGAACAGUACGAUGCUGAGCUGCAGGCCCUCAGGGAAAGCGUGGAGGAGGCAACCAAGAAUGUUGAGGUCCUGGCCAGCAGGAGCAACUCCUCAGAGCAGAGCCAGGCAGAGGCUGACCUGCGUGAGAAAGUGCUGAGGGAGGAGAAUGAGAAGCUGCAGGGAAGGAUUGCGGAGCUGGAGCGCAGGGUAGCCCAGCUGCAGAGGCAGAUGGAGGAUGUGAAGGGUGAUGAGGCCCAAGCAAAGGAGACUCUCCGGAAGUGUGAGAGUGAAGUACAGCAGCUGGAGGAAGCCCUUGUGCACUCCAGAAAGGAAGAAAAAGAAGCCACAUGUGCCAAAAGGGUGCUGGAGAAGGAGUUGGAGCAAGCUCAGAGAGAGCUGAGCCAGAUCUCCCAGGAGCAGAAGGAGCUCCUGGAGAAACUCCGGGACGAGGCGGAGCAGAAGGAACAGCUGAGAAAGUUGAAGAAUGAGAUGGAGAGUGAGCGGUGGCACCUGGACAAGACCAUUGAGAAGCUGCAGAAGGAGAUGGCCGACAUUGCUGAGGCCUCCCGCACAUCCUCCUUGGAGCUGCAGAAGCAGCUGGGUGAGUAUAAGGAGAAGAACCGCCGGGAGCUUGCGGAAAUGCAGACACAACUGAAGGAGAAAAGCCUGGAGGUGGAGAGGGCCAGACUGGCCACCUCGAAAAUGCAGGACGAGUUGCGCCUCAAGGAGGAAGAGUUGCGGGACUACCAGCGAGCUGAGGAGGAAGCACUCACAAAAAGGCAGUUUCUGGAGCAGUCGCUGAAGGACCUGGAGUACGAGCUGGAGGCCAAGAGUCACCUCAAGGAUGACCGCAGCCGACUCAUCAAGCAGAUGGAGGACAAGGUGUCCCAGUUGGAGAUUGAAUUGGAAGAAGAAAGAACUAAUGCUGACUUGCUGUCAGAGAGGAUCACUUGGAGCAGGGAACAGAUGGAGCAGAUGAGGAGUGAGCUGCUUCAGGAGAAAGCUGCGAAGCAAGACCUAGAAUGUGACAAGAUUUCCCUAGAGAGACAGAACAAAGACUUAAAGAGCCGGAUUAUCCACCUGGAAGGUUCCUACAGGUCCAGUAAGGAGGGCCUGGUGGUACAGAUGGAGGCCAGGAUUGCCGAGCUGGAGGACCGGCUAGAGAAUGAAGAGAGGGAUCGGGCCAACCUGCAGCUCAACAACCGAAGGCUGGAGCGGAAGGUGAAGGAGUUGGUGAUGCAGGUGGAUGAUGAGCAUCUGUCACUGACUGACCAGAAGGACCAGCUGAGCUUGCGUCUGAAAGCCAUGAAGCGCCAGGUGGAGGAGGCCGAAGAGGAGAUCGACCGACUGGAAAGUUCUAAGAAGAAGCUGCAGAGGGAGCUGGAGGAGCAGAUCGGGGUGAAUGAGCAGCUUCAGGGGCAGCUCAACUCUAUGAAGAAAGGCUUAAGGCUUAAGACACUGUCUAGUAAAGUACUGGAUGACUCAGAUGACGACCUCAGCAGUGAUGCGGGAAGCCUCUAUGAAGCCCCACUGAGCUAUGCCUUUCCCAAAGACAGCACUAUCACCAGCCAGAUCUGAGUCUGCUUCCAGGCCCGUUGAUCCUGACAGGACUCUGCAGCCAUCUAGACAGAGCAGGAGGCACUAAAUAGGGCUUGUGAAUGGAGUCAGACCCACGGUUACCACCUCACAUUCCUCCCCGGGCCUCUGCGUGGUUGAGUGACCUUGGAUCUUAGAUAGGGAGCGAUUGAAGUUUCAGGUGACCUAACUGGGACAUUGGGGGGAAGACAAAGCCCCGUUGUGCACUGCUGUCUGCCAUCACUCCUUCUCCUGCCUGGGAAGGUUCCAGUGCCAGCUGUAAUGAUAUGUAUAGACUGUACAGAUUUUAAAUCAGACCUUCUCAAGGACUGCUUGAAAAUUCUCCUCUAGAAUGUUCCAGAGCCUUUGGAGUGUGACAUCUUUGUAAAGUUCACACACUGAUCUUGAUUAUCUUUUAAAAUAUGAAGCUACCAGAUCUCAAGUAUUAAAAAGCUGGAGGCAAAGGAGGGAGAGUGAAGGCUACUCUGGAAACCAGAGGGGAUCAGACAGUGGAAAAUGAGCACUGGGAAUUGAUGAUCGGUUUGUAUGGGAAAACGGCUCAUUGAUGGCUGGGGAAGGACACUUGCCUAGGGCUGAGUCUGAGGCCUUGGUUGCUUAUUUUAUCUGAACCAUGCGAAGAGCAGUUCCCACUCCCCAUUUCUUUCAAGCAAGUAGAAUAGGAGACAGAUGGGAUUUUUACCAAGUGCCGUGCUUCUCAAAGGACAAGAGUGCUGUUGUUGUGUCUCCUUGGCCCUUUUCCUCCAUGGCAGACCUCCAAGUGAAGUUCGCUCAGGCCUGGAAUUGGAAGAGGGGCCUUGAGAUGAGGCUUAUGGGCUUAGGAUGAGUAGGGAGGUAUCCAGGAAGUUCAUGGGGAAAGGGAUGAAGGAAUAUGUGGGUGUCAGGGCUGAUGUAAAAAGGAAUACAGAGAUGUUCUUGAAAGCUGGGGGAUGUGUAAGAAGGGCAGGGGGUGGAGCUUGGAAUGAUGGGAAAAAGGAUUGGGAGUGCUUGCCAUCUGAAGGGCAUUUUGGGGAACAGGUGUAGGAAGGGGUGAGGUCCGAGGGCAAGCACAUGAUGCCAAGGUGGCUUUGGAAGGAUCAUGGGCAUCCCUGCAUAUCUCCUGGCCUACCUGUGUCUCCUCAUAGCUAUGACAGUCACUUAGGAAAGAACUUUGUGAGUUGACUAUGUGUAAGGCAGAGGUGAACAGGACACUGAAGCAGGGUCCCCAGGCUCCCUGACUGGGGACUCCUGGGGACCAGGUUACCAUAAUGUCCUGCCUGCUGCAGGUCAGAGUUCACCCAACUAGAUUUAGAAGGGAUCUGAAGGAUGAGCAUUUGCUACCAGAGAUCUGAGCCAUUCUGCACAUCCCGAGAGCCACUAUCUCCCUCCAUGUAGCUGGGUGUGGCCCUUGCCUGCUUCCUCACUGGAGAUGGAGGGGCUUCUGCUUUCAGCCAUUCUUCGAUUUGACAAAUAUCAUCCAUCAAAAUGUGUCAGGCACAGACUUUGGCACUGGAAACACAGUGAAUAGAAGUCAAAAUAUCAGGCUGGAGAUAUAGCUCAGCUGGGACAAUGCUUUUCUAGCAUGCAGGAAGCCCUGUGCGUAACACCCCCCAGCUCUAUAAACGGGUGUGGUGAGGCAUGCCCGUGAUCCCAUCACUCAGAAAGCGGAGGCAGGAGGAUCCAGAGUUCAAGAUCAGUCUUGGAUGCAUAUGCAGUUCCAGGCCAACCUGGGCUAUAGGAGACCCCGUCUCAAAAAAACAAACCAACCCUGCCCUCCUAUACCAUCCAGAAGAGUGUGGUGGUGCAGUCUGAGCCUCUCUACCGAGCCUCGGAGAACCUCUGUCCUCUGGGGAGUGUGAUAGCCUGCGAUUGGCUAGCUCCUAGAAUCCUCUCACGUCAUCAUUUGUACUAAGCCUAGAAAUGCCUCAGCCUGCUCAUCCCAGAUUUUCAGGUGACAAAAAUCAAGACCCUGAGGAAGGGUGCUUGUUUGGGGGGGGGGGAGUUGACGAAAUCAGCCAGCCCUCAUUCCAGUUAAUUCUUUCUGGUAGCCAUGGGGCUAGCUACAUGAAGGAAAACAGCUCCUGAAAGGGAGAGCAGAGGCCCACCACCUGAAACACUUGUAGAGUCCCUCACCCCACUCCACCUCCGACACACACACACACCAGAAGAGGCUAGACAGGGUGAGGGCAUGUCCCCUGUGCUGUAAAGGAGUGUGCAGUACAGCCAGGGGCACAACACUGGACUGAGGUUUAGAGAGUAAGUCCCGGGGUCAUCUCAAACCUGUGAUCCUGACAGGUGUGUCCUGGGACAAGGUGAGGGUUAGGGCUCCAGGUCCUUCUCGGCUCAAACCUGUGAGCAUUCCUUGGUUUUCUUAUAUAUACACUUUUUUUUCCCUGUUUGUUGCUUUAAUAACUAAUCCUGCUCAAGAGUAUUUUCUUUAGCUAGCUUAAAGAUAUCUCGUGUAAGGACAUCCAUUUCGCCAAAUGCAAUGCUAAGAAGACAAUCACUGUGUGCUUUUAUAAAUUUGUUUCCCCUGCUCUGGAGUGUCAUUCCACCAUGACAAUUGGUAUAGUCUGGUGGGUCUUUCAGUAGGGAUUGGUUACUAUGUGUUGUCAUGGGGAAGAGACAUUUUUAUCACAGCUACCUCCAUGGGAGUGACUUCAUGGAUAAGGCAAGAUUUCCUUUCAAUAAACUGUCACCUGACGGGAA